CCUUUGCAAAAUGUUUUGUCAACUUGUCACAUCCGGUUGAUGUAGUGCAAGAUUUUAUCGAGUUUAUUAAAACUAUGCGGAACUAAUAAAUUGAUUGAUAUUCGAUGAGUUGUGGUUCUAAUUAAGUUAUGACCGAUGGCAAUUACGGAAAAGCAGAUACAAAUCGUCAACCAUCAGUGACGGGCACUGAAAUCCAUGUAAAUAGAGAUUUUAUUGGUUCCAGGGAUCAGUGGUUUCCGGUUGCUGAUUUAAUUAACAAUUUUCAACCAAACAUUAAUUUGGAAAUGUAUAAUAAUACGGCUCCAUCAUAUCCUCCAGGGUACAAUAAUGCAUACCAGUAUCAGUAUCCAUAUGGCUAUCCAGCAACGUACGGAUAUCAGAAUGCACCUCCAGGCCCGCCAGCGGAGGCGGCGUAUCAACACCAAGUCGGGGGCUGGACCCAAGCGCCUACAGCUCAAGCAAUGCAACAUGGUUAUCCGCCAAUUCCACAUCAGCCUGCCCCCACACCGAACCAAGACCAGAAACUAGAAGGAUUUGUCAUGGAUUAUAAAAAGCUAUGGGAAGGAGGGACCGACCUGAUUGAUCAGUCUAUAAACUUUCCCCAUUUUAAAGCAGGAGUAUAAAAAUAUAGAUAAAAUUGUGCAUGAAAUGCAGCAGCAGAAAGCGACAUUGACCAAACAGCGGGAGGAUUAUGUGAAAAAGGCGAUGGUACUGCGUAGGGAACUGGACGACAUGAAGCAACAGAAACAGGAACUCUCUAGCGGCGAUAUGUCAGAGCGAGAAAUGAGAUUCGUUUUCAAAGAGAACGAGCGAUUACAGGAUGAAAUAAACGGUAAACUGAAGGCGAUUCUUAAUGUAAUUGAAAUGCUCUCAAGUAUCAUUAAAGACGGUAAAAAAAUUGGCGACCUGGAAGCCCAACUUGGAGAGAAAGAAGCGAAUUUCGAGGCCGUUUCUUUAACACCGCAACGGGAAGUAGAAACCGAUGCGAAUGGAAGGCAACAAUCCGUCUCACGGGGCGAUCGAGAAAAGUAUGAAAGCGAAGUGGACAACAAUCAAAGGUUCAGCUAUGUGUACUACGAUACUGGCCUGCAUUGGUGCAGAGCUUGUGACAAAUUCCCGGACACUGCGAAGGAACUCUUGCAGCAUUUGCACAGUAACCAUCAUCAAGACAAAGCAAAGGAAAAUGAGGUGGAUACUACACCUUGGCAUAAACUGCCGUUGGAACCGCUGUUGCCCAGUUUUGAUGACGCUCCUAAGAAAAGGAUACCCAUCAAAGGUCUACAGUUUUUUAUUUCCGCGCCUUCAUGGUACUGCAAAUUGUGUGACGUGUGGAUAGGCGACUUACACUGUGCGUCGCAUCAUCUAAAGUCGUUGACUCAUUUUCAAAACUAUGAGAUUUUUGUGAAACAAAAUCCCCAAUGGGAAACCGAAUGGAUAAAAGACCGUGAAAUCGCAAUGACUCGCAACAUAAAUCAAGCUGCCGAUUCCAGCGGCUCUGAACAAAAGUCUGGUAAAAAGCGGAGUCGGAGGCAAUCCACUGAAAGUUUUCUCAAGGAAAAGAAAAAGAAGAAGCGCUCCAAAAAGAAGAAAAAGAAAGACUCAAGUGAUUCGUCUAGCAGCAGUUCUAGUAGUUCGGAGAGUAGCUCAGAUGAAGAUGAAAAAGAGGACAGGGGAAAGAGCAUCAGAGUGGCGAUGCGAAACAUGCAACAGGUAAAAUCCAUCAUGGACGAGGACAUGUCCAAAUGGACAAUCUUAGAAAAGCUGGUGCAAGACGUUCGCAAAAAAGACGGGGAGAAAAAGGAGAAAGGACCGAGCAAAGGCGAAGAUGAGCUGAUCAAUCAGUGGAUGACUGUCACGAAUCCUGUGCCCGAAAAGGAAAAGAACUUGCUUGAAGGAUUAAAGGACAGAAUGAAAGCCAAACAAGAUAUUGAAAAGGCUAAAGUAGCGGAACUGGAAAAACGUCGCAAGGAUAAGGAGAAGGAAGAGCAGGAAGCGUCUGAGAAGAAACGGAAACAAGCUCGAGAAGAAAGUGAAAAAGCGGAGAAGGAAAGAGAUCGGAAAAAGAAGGAGGAGUUAAAUAGAGUUUGGGACAAGGACAGGGGCAAUGUUCGAUUCAAGCCUGGACGGGACAAUGUGCGUAAGCAAAAACAGGAUAGUGACGAGGAAAACAGAAGCCGCCGCGAUCGACAUUAUCGUCGGGGAAGCAGGGAGAAAGAACGAUCGCCGCAGUUCAAAUCUCGACGAUCUAUUGACCGGAUGUAUAGAGCCUCCAGUAGGGAAUCAUCUAGAGACCGCGAUGAACCCUCAAGGAAAAAGCCGCAUGGGCCUCCCAGUUACAAAAAAUUGCCUUUCAUCGGCCGAAUGCCAUUGUUCAAGAAGAAAAUGGGACAAAAAGAUUCGGACAAGGAGAAGGAAUUAAAAGAAGAAGUGUAUGAACCAACAAGGAAAACAAGGUUUGAAUCCGGUAAUUUGACGCGAGCCUACAUCCCGAGACCGGAGGUGGUUUGUUUCCCGAUGCUGUCAAGCAUUCCGCCUAUUUCGGCGCCCCCAGAACCAACCGCAGUAGAAGAAGUCGCUUAUCCUACUCCAAUGCCUUCGCAAGAAUACCAGACUCCGCUCCCAAAACCGCCGGUUGCUCCGAAAUUGUCAAGCAAAAAGAAGAGUUCGUUGGCUGCCCCGCCACCACCUCCUCCAUUGGACAACCAUCACAAGGAUGAUGAAAACGACGAUAUGGAUUUGGUUCCAACCAUAGAAUCCACGUUUUAUCAGAUGUAUGAAGAGAGUGGCUUUGAGACCUUGCCUCAUCCCCCUUUGGAGCCGCCGCCACUACCACCAGAUGAUGAUUUGGCUCUGUUGGGAAUUUGUGCUGAUGAUAUGGCUGCCCAAUCAUUUUAACCUGUUUUAAAUGUUCACUUAGGUUCUUUCUUUUUUUCCGAUAGGUAGUUGCAUUAUUUUUAAUAUUAAAUCACAAGAUUCUAACUGAACAGUUAAUUAAAUUAGACAUAUAGGUUUUCUUGAACAA